CGGGCAGGUGACGUCAGUUUUUGCAAUGUUUACAUCGUCCAGAGUUUUAUUUUGUUGAUAAUUUAGAUAAUUUGGGUCUCAAACCAUAACGAUGUUCAGCUCCGUGACAAGCUGGUUGGGUGUUGGAGAGAAGAGCGAGGAGUUGACGGAGAAAUCAUCCUCGGAAAAUAAGGAGAACACUGUGACAAGCGAGCCUAAAGGUGACAGUGCAGUUGACAAGCCAGCUGACGUCCCUGAUAAAUCCGUGGAGAAGCGAGGCACGGAAAAUAAUGCAGAGGAAAACAAGUCUAAAGAUGCCAGUCAGGCCCUCGAAGAUGUGUCUGCUCUGGCCGUGAACACAGCUAAGGAAUGGGGCAGUUAUCUGUACAGUUUUGGGAAGAUUGCUGGCCAGACAGUGGCUAGUACAGCAACAAAGCUGAAGCAUACAGUGGAAGAAAAGACAUUACUGGGGGAGUUCUCCAAGGAGCAGGAUAAAUUUGUGACGGAAAAGAAGGAGAAAAAGAAUAAGUCUGAGGCGGCUGUCCCACCCUGGGUGGGUUACAAUGAAGAAGAACAGAUGAAGGCACAAAUUCUGGCGCUCUCCAAGGACAAGAGGAACUUUAUGAGAAACCCACCCUCUGGUGUACAGUUCAACUUUGACUUCCAGUCAACUUUCCCUGUGGCUGUGGCAACUCUGCAAGAAGACAGCAACCUUCAAAAAAUGAGAUUUGAACUGGUACCCAAGCAAAUAACAGAAGAGACGUUUUGGAGAAAUUAUUUUUACCGUGUUUCGUUAAUUAAGCAAUCUACUCAGCUCACAUCUUUGGCUCAGCAAUCAGGUAACACAGGUGAGAGCAGGUCAUCAGGCAGCUCUAGGAGGUCGUCCAGCAGUGAGAAUGGCAGUAAAGAGGUUGCCACUGCCCAGAUUGAGGUUCCACACAAAGACGCAGAAGAGCUUCCCAUGGAGAGCCCUCAGGAGAGUGAGUUUAUCAGUGAUGCCUUCUCAGACAACCAUCUGAACGAAGACGAUCUACGGAAAGAGAUGCAACAGUUGGGCAUGCAGGAGGACAAUGCUGUCUCAAAUAAAGUUACAGAGGAGUCUGAUAUCCCGGAAUGGGAGCAGGAGCUACAGAAGGAGUUACAGGAGUACGAGGUGGUCUCCGGUGGUAUAGAGGAUGAGGACCUGGAGAACGAGAUCUUACAGCAACUCGAAGAGGAAGAGAUGAAGGAAAGAUAGAUCACAUCUCUAUAUUCGUUGUAUAUAGACCGCUGCCUAGUCUACAUAUGGAAAGACUUUAUUUGUGGAUAUUAAAUUCAGAUGGCUUACUCACUGUACAAACGUAUAAUUGUUUAAAUGUUUGAAACAAGGGAAGACGCUCUGUACUUGGGUCUGUUGACCUGUGAUUAGUACGGUAAGCACCAUAUGUGACCUUCGCAUUUGAAUGAACAGCACCCACAGCUCCGUAUGAUUCAGUCCACAGGCAUGACCGGGACUGAAGUUUGUCUGUCCUCUGCCAGACGUUUGCAUUAAAUUCCCCCAGAUUAUUUUUGGCAGACCAUUCUGUUCUAUUUCGGUUCACAGAGAUAACUGUAACAAGACCUGUUUCAUGCAGUGGUAUAAUAGGUGAUUCACCAUUCUGCGAGAUUUCGCUUUGUACAUUUUAUUAACUGUGUAUUUCGUUUUAUUCAUUUCGUUUUGCCUCCAGCUUUUUGCGUGCAAGAUAUAUAUGUAGGAACAAUCGUACUGAAGAAACGCGACCAAGUUAUGCAGUGUCGGACACUUAGCUGACAUAAAACUGGAAAGCUAAACAUAAGGUUGGAUAUACUCAUGUAUGCUAUAUCGCUCAAAUAACUACUAUUGUAUUUAAUGUAGGUAAUACAACACGUAUAAGCGGUACAUUGUAUCUGAUGUAGAUUUGCACUCGUCACUACUUUAAAUCCUAUCCAGACAUGGAUAUAAUGUACGUAAUCCCUGACUUAACUGUGUUGUGUAAAUGCAUUGAAAAGACGUGUGGUUUUAGCUGGUACCAGUUAUACUGGAAUCAUAACAUUGAAAUAUAUACUUGACUAUACAUGGGGAAAUUAAACCUUUGGGGGCCGCACCCCACUUCCCACAAAUCCAAUAAUUAAUCUUUUUGGCCUAUUAAUCCUCCUAAACAGAUACUACGAAAAGAAAGCAAUUUUUAGGGUAAAAAAAAACGAAGGUUUAAGUACCAUGUGUACGAGAAUUCUGAAAUUCGACAUCUAAAGUUACACAGUGGGGAACUUUUUAAAACUAAAGUAACUCUGACCUAAGAUGUGUAGUCUGUUCAUUACCGCCUUUGAGAUGAUGAGUUGUGAGAAAACUGGUGACGUACUACUCAUGUGGUACAAGAGAAGAAUGGUGAACUAGGCUUGUGUCCCGAGUCGCCUUUGUGCAGGCAAAGAUACUUCCUUGACUGACGGUUCAUGUGACCUUGUGUGUAACACUCCCAGCUGAAAGAGCCAUAAGCUUUUAUGCGCUGAAUUAAUUCGUUCGAACAGUUAAGAAUCAAGCGCUGAAUUACUGACUUCUUCACGGUACAGUUAAGAACCAAGCGCCGAAUCAUCGACUUCUUCUCCGUACAGUUAAGAACCAAGCGCUGAAUUAUUGACUUCUUCUCCGUACAGUUAAGAAGCAAGCGCAGAAUUAUUGUCUUCUUCUCCGUAGAAUUAAGAACUUGCACUGAAUUAGAAAUAAUUUUUAUCCGUAGAGUUUCAGAACGAGUCUAUAAAGCUUAGUUUUGUGAUUCAGUGUUAAUGUACAUGGUAAAUCAUGAUAUGGAGAAUUGUAAUCGAAACUGUUUUUUAAUUUUGGACGUGGUUUUGUUUUGUAUAGGUAACAUUUGUAUGAAUUUCGGUUGUGUACAUAGAUAUAUACGUAUAUAGAAGUAUUAAAAAAUGUUUACUAUGUAAGUACAAUGAGGAACAUAAAUACAUGUGAAUGAAAGAUUCCGAUAUAUGGGCAAAUUUGUUAAUAAAUUGGUUAAA